AAAUCAUCUGCCUGAUGGGACAAUCAGAGAACAGGCUCAAUUUGCGCACAUCCAUAAUAACUUGAACAACGCGCUAGGAGUUAAACUGUAAGCCAAUAGUUAAGCUUCUCCAAGAUUGCAAAAACAACAAAGUCAAGGUAAUAAAAGAGAUAGAGGCGUCAAGUUCUGCACUAAGGCGUAACAUAACGAGCUUUGACGCUCAUAUUCGACAUGGAAAUGGAAACCAUAUCAACAUUCGCUAAGAAACUUUGGUGUGUCAAGAAACAACUUAUUCUUUUCCUCACUCCACUCAUUCUUCUCCCGCUACUUUUCGGGCUACCAGAAAAGGAGGGGAAAUGCCUGUACGUGGUGCUGCUGAUGGCUGUGUUCUGGUGCACAGAGGCUCUUCCCUUAGCUGUCACUGCCAUGCUACCCGUUUGCCUCUUUCCAACCAUGGGAAUUCUUCCAUCCAAAAAAGUCUGCCCCCAGUACUUCCUCGAUACCAAUUUUCUCUUUCUCAGUGGUCUUGUUAUGGCGUCAGCUAUUGAGGAAUGGGGUCUGCAUCGCAGAAUAGCUCUGAAAGUUCUUAAGAUUGUUGGAGUCAAACCAGCCUGGUUGAUUUUGGGAAUGAUGAUCACCUCUGCCUUCCUGUCCAUGUGGCUCAGUAACACCGCAACAACGGCCAUGAUGCUUCCCAUUGCUAACGCCAUCCUGGAGAGUCUCUUUGGAGACCUGGACACUCUGAAGGAAAACUGUAAGGUGAAAGACGAGACAGAGGGUCAAGCACGAGUAAAGCUGCAUGCACUGCCCUCUGAAAAACAGAUCUUGUCUAUAGACGGACCUGAUCGGAUGGAGCGUUCAGAUGGGAGUACUGCAGAGGAGAUCAGGACAGAGUCCGAGUACCAGAUGAAGGUGUGGAAAGGCUUCCUGAUAUGUAUCCCGUAUGCUGCCAGUAUCGGAGGGACUGCCACCCUGACAGGCACUGCACCAAACCUCAUCCUCAUUGGACAACUUAAGAGUUACUUCCCAGAGUGCGACUUGAUCAAUUUUGGCUCUUGGUUUGCAUUCGCAUUUCCUCUCAUGGUGUUCUUCCUCAUCUUGGGAUGGCUAUGGAUUUCUUUCCUCUACGGGGGCUUGAAUACACGGUUGUGUGUGAAGAAACAGGACGAAAGAGCACAAGCAGAGGCGAAGGCUGAGGCCGUGAUUGAUGAAGACUACAGAAAACUAGGCCCCAUAAACUUUGCAGAAGGAGCCAUCGCAUUCUUUUUCAUUUUGUUUGCCGUUCUCCUGUUUACAAGAGAUCCUAAAUUUGUUACUGGAUGGUCCACGUUUUUCAACAAAGGGUAUGUGUCAGAUGCGACCACUGGAGUGAUCAUUGUAUCAAUCCUAUUCUUCUUCCCUUCCCAGAAGCCCUCUCUUAGCUGGUGGUUUGAUUCUAGAGCACCAAAUACUCCAUAUGUUCCUCUACUAUCAUGGAAGAAAGCACAGGAAUGUGUCCCAUGGAAUAUCAUUCUGUUGCUGGGUGGAGGCUUUGCCAUGGCCAAGGGAUGUGAGGAGUCAGGACUGGCGGCGUGGAUAGGAGCCUACCUCCAGCCUAUCGCUCAGGUCCCUCCUGCUGUGGCAGUCAUGUUUAUCACCGCUUUCCUGGCCUGCUUCACAGAGUUCGCCAGCAACACCGCCACCAUUAUCAUAUUCCUGCCCGUCAUCGCUGAACUGGCUAUGUUUGUCAAGGUGAAUCCUCUUUACUUCAUGAUACCUGCGACAACAGGAUGUUCAUUUGCCUUCAUGUUGCCAGUCUCCACCCCUCCCAACUCCAUUGCCUUUGCAUCUGGCCAUCUUCUGGUGAAGGACAUGGUGAAAACGGGCUUUGUGAUGAACAUUUUGGGCAUUUUAUCAGUUUCUCUGGCCAUGAAUACUUGGGGUCGUGCCAUGUUCAGUUUGGAGACUUAUCCAGACUGGGCCCGUCCAGUCAACAUGUCCAGUACUGUCACAGAUAUACAGUUCCCCUCUGUCCCACCUUUCAACCUUACUAGUUUGUGAUACACUGCAUACCGUAGAUCUGAAGCUUAUCCAAUACAAAGUAUUACACGGUAUUAUAUAGUAAAUACUAGAGCAGCAUUUCUGAAUAUGUACAAAAGUCAACUAUAGAUUUGGGGAGCAUUAGCCGUUACUUUAAGUUAUUUAGCCUAUGGUGUGAUGGCUAUACCAUGUUGCGAAUGUACUGUACACUUCUAGAUUCUUCCAUUUGCCUACUGUAUACUAUAUGAGUUUAGAUUUUUUUGUUCAGGCUCUCCUUGUGCUCUACUUCCUCUGUCGUGUAGAUUAUACUAAAUUCUAUCAGCUAAUUUUCUUGCUUGUCACAUGCCACGAACCCCUGGUCUCCCAGAUGUGUCCAAUGUUUUGUCCUGGUUUGUUUUAGGUCCCCAUGCCAAGUUUCCAUUUGAAGUUAAUUUGUUUGGGCAGGGCAGGGGGUGACAGAAUAGACAGUGGUUGGUCUGUCUGUUGUUACAUUCUCUUCCACAGUUAUACAACAAGUCAAGUCGGACACCGUUUUUGUCCAGACACUGGUGAUGUCUGUGUCAUCAUUCUGUCGCUAUGCUUGCUGAAAUGCCUUGCAUCUUAGUGACCUCUGGUGUUCAGUGUGCCACUUUGCGAUUGUCUGUCUCAUUUGUCACUGUAACAUUCCCUAGAUAGUAUUUGUGAGGAUAAUCCUUAUUGAUUAGGGUGUUAGCAGUCUGCUUGAUGAUAAUAGACCCAAUCCAUUUCAUCACACUGAACGCUCAACCUCCAAGUCCGCCACCUACUAGUAAAUCACACUUGAACUUGAUCCUCCAUUCAUCUUUAGUUUGGAUAAUCUGUGACUGUCUUGAUGCACAACAGGCGUUUGUGAAUUAUUCAUGGAAAGAUACUUACCUAGCCCAUGGGGUCACUGACUGCACAUGUUUUAACACAUUCUAAGUUACACACAGAAGGUCAUUUUUACUUUUCAUCAUGUCUUUAAAAUACAGAAAUCGUGAUUUUCUGAUCUUAUUUCAUUUGAAGUAAUCAUUUGAAAUGUGGUACGUGGAAAUCUAAUUAACCAUUUUCUACCGUAGUUUGCAUUUUGUGUAGUACGUUUAGGUUUAUCAAUGCACAUUUUGGAGCUUUGUUAUUUUCUUAAUACUAUUGUUGUUACCAAAUAAAACUCAACAGCAAAUGGG